AACCUGGCCGUUGCUCUUCGCCAUAUCUUCGGGAUCUUUCGGCUUGCUGCACAGUUGUUGAAGAGACACAUCAGAAUACACACUGGUGAGAAACCUUUUGCCUGCUUGGUGUGUGAGCAAAGAUUCUCCCGGAAGGAAAGCUUAAAAUGUCACACAAGAACCCAUACCGGUGAGAAACCUUUUGCCUGCUCGUUGUGUGGCCGAAGUUUCUCAGAGACGAGAUACUUGAAAAAUCACACUCAAAGGCACACUGGUGACAAACCUUUUGCUUGCUUGAUGUGUGAGCAAAGAUUCUCCCGGAAGGAAAGCUUAAAAUGUCACAGAAGAACCCACACUGGUGAGAAACCUUUUGCCUGUUCAGAUUGUGGCCGAAGAUUCUCUCAGAAGGGAAAAUUAAUUCAUCUCACAAGAAUCCACACUGGUGAGAAACCUUAUGCCUGCUCAAUCUGCGGCCAAAGAUUCUCUCAUAACCCAAGCUUAAACACACACACAAGAACUCACACUGGUGAGAAACCGUUUCCCUGUUCAGAUUGCGGCCAAAGAUUCUCUCAGAAGGGAAACUUAACAAUACACACAAGAACACACUGAUGAGAAACCUUUUUCGUGCUCAAUAUGCAGCCAAAGGUUCUCCCAUAAUACAAGCAUAAAAAUACACAAAAGAACACACGCUGGUGAGAAACCUUUUGCCUCCUCAUUUUAUUGCUGAGGAUUCACUUGGAAGGGAAGUUUAAAAAUACACACAAAUACACACUUUUGUGAAAAAAAGAUUAUCUCUGAAAAAAGACUUAAGAAGGCACACAAGUCCCCACAUGAGUGAGAAACCUAUUUCCUGUUCAGUUUGUGGCCAAAGAUUCUCUGAGAUGGGAAACUUAACAAGGCACCCAAGAACCCACACUGGUGAGAAAUCUUUUUCUUGAUCAGUUUGUGGCCAAAGAUUCUCUUGGAAGAGAGUCUUGAUAAAAACAUCCUCUUGCAUGUUUCACAUUAAAAAGCAGAAGUGUGAUGACAACGAAGUUUUCACCUCUCAUCUGAGCAGGCUUCUCUUCACUUCAUGCACCAAGGUGCAUGAUAUUUUAUGUGCUCUUCCUUGACUCCAUUAAUUUCUUUCUUUCGUCAUGAAUGAAAAAAUUGAGCUUUGUCAUCGGGGUUAUAAUACUUCUGGAUUCUUCAUGAUAGUUAGUUUUCGAGAUAUGUAUUUUAUCUUUUUUUUUUACCAUAUGCAUCCAUCCAUCCAUCCAUUUUCUGUUCCGCUUUGUCCUCACAAGGGUCA